AUGAGUAGUAUUCGUCUUUCUCUUGUUAUACCAAGAAGGUUCUUCAGACUCACCUUUGCCUAUUCGAAGCAGGAGGAUUACGGUCUUGGAUUUACAAGAUCUAUAUAUUGCAAACCAAAGAUAAUUGACUACGUUUCAGAAGAUGGUUCUAAAGUGAAGUUAUAUUCAGGAUUAGUGGACAAUUCUGUGCAACCAUUAACCGUUUAUAUGAGAGAGAUUUAUCUAAAUAUUACAUAUAAGGCGGAUUUUUCCCUUCCUGCUAUAGAAAAACGCAUAUUAAAGCGAAUUAAAGAAAAGAAUAGGCAGCGACAAAAAAUCUCGGAUGAUGAUUUCAAAAAGUAUGGACUGGAUCUUGCUGUGGCUCACAUGAUAUGCAGAAUUGGUGGCCGGGUGCAAUUUGCGGGCUCUGACUAUUGGUACCAGGCCAUCAAGGACGUACCUGCUGAUCUACCUAUCAGUACAGGACAGAUAAAGCUUGAAACUAUCGAUGCUUCUUGCACAAGUAUUUCAUACGAAGGAUUUGAUCACCUAUGUAAUUAUAAACUAAAUUCACUUAUGUACUGCUUCGUCAUACAUGCUAGGCAUUUGCAAUUGGUUUGGUUUAUCGAUUACUAA